AUGACACUGAAAGAAUUAAACAGUGGCUCUGGUCUGCGCAUCUUGAUCGUUGGUGCGGGGAUCGGCGGUCUUACUGCAGCGAUUGCCUUAAGGCAACAAGGUCACCAUGUAGAGAUAUUUGAACGUUCACGCUUCGCCAAUGAAAUCGGCGCUGCUAUCCACUUGUCCCCAAAUGCAAAUGGCGUCCUGCGACGUCUGGGGAUUGAUGCUACCAAAUUUGGGGCUGUGGAGACUGAGGUGUUGCGCGAAUACACUCCAUCCGGGGAGCCGGUUCACAUAACAGCUGUGAAGGAACAUGCGGACAUGUGGAGACAUCGAUGGCUGCUCGUGCACCGUGCCCAUUUCCACGAAGGACUGAAAGCCACAGCUACAGGUGCCGGCAAAGGCAAGCCUGCUAUACUCCACACCGCAAGCAAGAUCGUCGACGUCGACGCAGACAAAGCAACAGUGACUCUUGAGAAUGGCGAGGUCGUCGAGGGAGACGUUUUGAUCGGUGCGGAUGGAGUCCACUCUAUGACUCGAACCAAGCUGUCAGACAAGAAGCCAUACAGCUCGGGCAAGAAUGCCUUCCGCUUCCUUAUCAGCCGUCAACAAGCAUUGGAUGAUCCAGAGACCAACAGUAUCGCACGCGACAAUGGUUCUGUCGACAUGUGGGACUCAUCUGAUCGCCGCGUGGUUAUCUACCCAUGUGCGAACAAUGAAUUGCUCAACUUCGUCUGCAUCCACCCCGAAGAAUUAACGACCAUUGAGACCGAGGGGGACUCUUACAACCAGCAGAUUGGCAAGGAUACUUUGCUCAGUGUGUUCAAGGACUUUAACCCGCAAGUCCGCAAGCUCUUGGAGAAGGCGGACCCACAGACUCUCAAGCUGUGGCCUCUCCUGGACAUGGACACUCUGCCGUCGUGGGUGGAGGGUCGUCUGGCCGUUCUAGGUGAUGCCGUUCAUCCUUUCUUGCCCUACCGUGCAUCUGGUGGUGCGAUGGCGAUUGAAGAUGCUGUUUCACUAUCUGUGAUGCUAUCUGGUGACGUUACUACCAGAGACGUUCCCGAGCGACUGAAAGUAUACCAAAAGGCACGCCACGAGCGCGCAACAACCAUUCAGCAAAUGACUCGCGAUUCAGUCACACUGAUCUCCGCCGAACGAACCAGGGAAAUGGUCAGCUAUAUUUAUGGCCACGACGAAUUCGACCACUCCGCCCAGGUCCUCCGAAAGCACCUCUGGUCUCAAAACCCGCACAUGUACUGGCGUCAGCCCGUCGUAUUUGGCCCAAUGCCCGGCCCCCGACAAGAUCACAUGGGACGAGACCGCGCACUCAAAUCCCUAGAGUCAACCUUCCAGACUGCCUCUAUCAAGUUCAAGACCAGCCGCACGCUGCUUCAAAACUUGUUCCCCUCCGACCGAUACAGUUUCAUCUCCCCAUCAUCCGUCGCGCGGGCUUCUUUCUCACAGACCACCCUCAACGGAAUGGACUGGCUGGGUGGCGGUGGAUACCGCCACAUCGGACUGUACAUUCACGGGGUGCAGUACACAAAGGAGAACGGCGAGGUGCUCAAGGGUACUUACAUGCCCAUUCUCUUCGAGAGUCUGGCGGACCCGAUCGUUUCGGGACGCGAAGAACUCGGCAUGCCGAAAUUGUAUACAGCGGUCGACAUCCACGAGCGUAACAAGUCCUUCCGACUACAGACAAGCUGGCAAGGAGCCGUGUGGGGACACUUUGAGUUCGAGGAUCUGGAAGACCAAGAUCCCGCAGCGGACAAAGGGACCAUUGGCGGCGAGGACGACGACGGCAUCCUUGUAUACCGAUACAUGCCCAAGGUUGGCAAAAGCACCAAAGGCGAGGCUGAGGCGGAGUACCCCAUUUUUGUGCCCCAUGCGCAAGAAUCCAAGGUUGUCCCGUCGAAAGUGACGCGUCUGCGGCGAACCAAGAAUGCCAAGGUGGAGAUUAGCGGGUUAGAUUGGGACGCGCUCCCCACGCUUCAUCAUGUGGUGUCGCGGCUGGCGGAGAUUCCUAUUGAUGAGGUGAUUGAUGCGAAGAUCACCGAGGGAAGAGGGGUUCCUGACGUUUCAAGUGCUCAGCGGAUUGAGUGA